GCAUUAUUCCUGUAGUACCUUUUUGAUUUCUCGCUUUUACGACCAAUUUUGUCCCUUUUUUUUAACAAAACAAAGAAAAACCAUUUCGACGCAAUUAGAUUUAGGAAACACCUCCCCAACAGAUUCCAAAUCUCUCCACGACGAGUGGAAUUUAAUUAAUGCACCAGAGGACAACAACCAGCGACCGCAAAAAAAAUGGUUUUUUAGUACGAAAAAAGCUAUAAAGGGCGCUUUUUGGGACCGGCAAAGCCCCAGGGGAGACUUUCGAGCUUUGCCCAGAUUCUCUCUCAUCAAUACUUCCUCUAUCAAGAGCAAUAUAUGCCGAGAUUCAGGAGAAAGAGAUUACUGGGUGGAGAUUAGAAAGUGCUUCUGCUGAAGUUGUUUGAAGAUUCUACCAAAGAUGGGCUUCAAGCCUUUGGACUGGUACUGCCAACCUGUGAAGAAUGGGGUGUGGGCGAAAUCGUUGGAGAAUGCCUUCGGCGCCUACACGCCAUGCGGCAUUGAUACUUUGGUGGUCUGCAUCUCCCAUUUGGCUCUCUUUGGUGUAGCCUUUUAUAGAAUAUGGAGGACUACAAGGGAUUUAGCCGUUCGAAGAUACUGCUUGCGGUCGAAGUUGUACAAUUACUUGUUGGGGGUUCUUGCGGCAUACUGCACGGCCGAGCCACUUUACAGGCUGGUCAUGAGAUUGUCGAUCUUCAAUCUUGAUGGGCAAUUCGGUCUCGCUCCUUUUGAGGUAGUUUCAUUGCUUAUUGAGUCUGCUGCUUGGUGCUGCAUACUUGUCAUGAUUGGAAUAGAGACAAAGGUUUAUAUUCAUGAGUUUAGGUGGUAUGUCCGGUUUGUAAUCGUGUAUGUUUUGGUGGGAGAAUCUUCGAUGUUCCAUCUUAUUCUCUCCAUGAGACAGUAUUUGGACAAAUCAAUCUUUUACUUGUACAUCAGCGAGAUAGCAUGCCAGCUUUUGUUCGGACUUCUCCAACUGGUUUAUCUUCCUAGCUUGGACCCUUAUCCAGGAUAUACUCCUAUUCGAACUGAGGCCCUUCUUGAUAACACAGAUUAUGAACCUCUUGCCGCAGAAGAGCAGGUUUGUCCCGAGAGGCAUGCUAGUAUCUUUUCCAGGAUAUUCUUUUCAUGGAUGACACCACUCAUGCAACAAGGCUAUAAAAGGCCAGUCACUGAGAAGGAUGUUUGGAAAUUAGAUACCUGGGAUCAAACAGAGACAUUGUUUGGCAGAUUCCAGAGAUGCUGGGCUGAGGAGGCUCGCAAGCCCAGGCCCUGGCUGUUAAGAGCACUUAAUAACAGCCUCGGUGGAAGAUUCUGGCUAGGAGGGGUUUUCAAGAUUGGAAAUGAUGCUUCUCAGUUUGUAGGCCCGCUAAUACUGAACCUUCUCUUAGAGUCAAUGCAAAAUGGAGAUCCAUCGUGGAAUGGUUACAUUUACGCCUUCUCAAUAUUUGCUGGAGUGGCACUGGGAGUUCUCGCUGAAGCUCAGUACUUUCAGAAUGUUAUGCGUGUGGGCUUCAGGCUGAGGUCUACCUUGGUUGCAGCUGUGUUUCGCAAGUCACUCAGACUAACCCAUGAGAGUCGCCGGAAGUUUGCUACGGGAAAGAUUACCAACUUAAUGACUACUGAUGCAGAGGCACUUCAGCAAAUCUGCCAGCAGCUUCACAGCCUGUGGUCAGCUCCUUUUCGUAUUACUAUCUCAAUUGUGCUCUUGUAUGCGCAACUAGGUGUUGCUUCACUUGUUGGCGCACUAAUGCUGGUUCUUAUGUUCCCAAUUCAGACUCUUGUGAUUAGCAAAAUGCAAAAAUUAACAAAGGAAGGGCUACAACGGACUGACAAACGUAUCGGCCUUAUGAAUGAAAUAUUGGCUGCCAUGGAUACUGUCAAAUGUUAUGCAUGGGAGCAAAGCUUCCAGUCAAAAGUACAAAAUAUUCGGAAUGAUGAACUUUCAUGGUUCAGGAAAGCCCAGCUAUUAGCUGCGUUGAAUUCUUUUAUACUGAACAGCAUUCCAGUUGUCGUCACGGUGGUAUCUUUUGGAGUGUUCUCUCUACUUGGAGGGGACUUGACACCUGCAAAGGCAUUUACUUCUCUCUCACUUUUUGCAGUGUUAAGGUUCCCUCUUUUCAUGCUUCCAAACUUGAUAACUCAGGUUGUGAAUGCUAAUGUAUCAUUGAAACGUCUUGAGGAGCUAUUAUCGGCUGAAGAGCGAGUACUUCUGCCCAAUCCUCCUCUUGAUCCAGCGCUUCCUGCUAUUUCGAUCAAGAAUGGAUUCUUCGCUUGGGAAUCAAAGGCUGAGAGGCCAACGCUAUCAAAUAUCAAUUUGGAUGUACCCGUUGGUAGCUUGGUCGCAAUUGUUGGAGGUACAGGAGAAGGAAAAACAUCUCUGAUCUCUGCAAUGCUCGGCGAAUUACCACCAGUAGGAGGGUCAGAUACAUCUGUUGUUAUGCGCGGGACGGUCGCCUAUGUUCCUCAAAUCUCAUGGAUAUUCAAUGCAACAGUACGUGAUAACAUAUUGUUUGGAUCUCCAUUUCAACCAUCACGAUAUGAGAAGUCAAUUGAAGUGACUUGUUUACAGCACGACCUUGAAUUACUUCCGGGUGGUGAUCUCACAGAAAUUGGGGAAAGAGGAGUUAAUAUUAGCGGGGGACAAAAGCAAAGAGUUUCCAUGGCAAGGGCAGUAUAUUCUGACUCAGACGUGUACAUUUUUGAUGACCCUUUGAGCGCACUAGAUGCUCAUGUUGGUCGACAGGUUUUUGACAAAUGCAUUAAGGAUCAGUUGAAGAGUAAAACGCGCGUCCUCGUUACCAACCAGCUACAUUUCCUGCCAAAUGUGGAUAAGAUCUUCCUAGUCCAUGAUGGUGUGGUAAAAGAGGAGGGUACCUUCGAAGAACUUAUUAAUAAUGGGGAGCUUUUUCAAAAGCUGAUGGAAAAUGCUGGAAAAAUGGAAGAACAGACAGAAGAGAAACCGGUUGAAAACAUUGAGGACAAAACAAAAGGUACCCAAAAUGGUGAGUUGGAGGGAACGGAGAAUAAUGUAAACAAGGGCGAUGACAAAUCUAGCAAACCAAAAGAGGGAAAAUCUGUUCUUAUCAAACAAGAGGAACGAGAAACUGGUGUUGUCAGCUUAAAAGUUCUUUCACGGUAUAAGGCUGCUUUGGGAGGGAUGUGGGUGGUGUGCAUUCUCUUUUUCUGCUAUGUGCUGACUGAAGUUCUUCGAAUUUCAAGUAGCACGUGGCUGAGCAUUUGGACGGAUCAGAGCUCUCCAAAAACCCAAGGGCCCGGUUUCUACAAUCUGAUCUAUGCACUUCUCUCCUUUGGUCAGGUAUUGGUAACUUUAACAAACUCUUAUUGGCUGAUCAUCUCAAGCCUACGUGCUGCCAAGAGGCUGCACGAUUCCAUGCUUCACUCUAUAUUGAGAGCUCCGAUGGUAUUCUUUCACACCAACCCACUUGGGCGGAUAAUCAACAGGUUCGCAAAGGAUAUGGGUGAUAUUGAUCGCAACGUUGCUGUAUUUGUGAAUAUGUUCAUGGCCCAAGUCUCACAACUACUCUCCACAUUCGUUCUGAUAGGCAUCGUCAGCACCAUAUCUCUUUGGGCGAUAAUGCCACUUCUCAUUUUGUUUUAUGCAGCCUAUCUCUACUACCAGGCUACAGCCCGUGAAGUCAAGCGCUUGGAUUCAAUUACCCGUUCUCCUGUUUAUGCGCAGUUUGGAGAAGCAUUAAACGGCUUACCAACGAUCCGCGCCUACAAAGCAUACGAUAGAAUGGCUGCCAUUAAUGGAAAAUCAAUGGACAAUAACAUAAGAUUCACACUCGUGAACAUGAGUGCCAAUAGAUGGCUAGCGAUUCGCCUUGAGACACUGGGAGGUAUAAUGAUUUGGUUCACCGCCACUUUUGCCGUCAUGCAAAACCAACGUUCAGAGAAUCAAAAGGCAUUUGCUUCAACAAUGGGUUUACUUCUCACUUACACUCUAAACAUCACCAAUCUACUGACGGCUGUCCUUCGCCUUGCAAGCCUUGCUGAAAAUAGUUUAAAUGCUGUUGAGAGAGUCGGGACAUACAUAGAAUUGCCUUCUGAAGCUCCUCCAAUUAUUGAAAACAAUAGACCGCCGCCAGGUUGGCCUUCAUCAGGAGUUAUCGAGUUUCAAGAUGUUGUCCUUAGGUACCGGCCCGAACUUCCUCCUGUUCUUCAUGGAAUUUCUUUCACAAUUGACGGAGGUGAAAAGGUUGGAAUAGUUGGUAGAACGGGUGCAGGGAAAUCGAGCAUGCUUAAUGCUCUAUUUAGAAUUGUUGAGCUGGAAAGAGGGAAAAUUCUUAUUGAUUAUUGUGAUAUUUCAAAGUUUGGACUCUGGGAUUUGCGUAAAGUUCUGGGGAUCAUACCACAGUCGCCUGUUUUAUUUUCAGGAUCUGUCCGUUUCAACCUGGAUCCUUUUAGUGAGCACAAUGAUGCAGAUCUUUGGGAGGCUUUAGAGAGAGCACAUCUAAAAGAUGUAAUUCGGAGGAACAGCCUAGGCCUUGAUGCUGAAGUUUCUGAGGCAGGAGAGAAUUUCAGCGUUGGACAAAGGCAACUGCUGAGUUUAGCUCGGGCUUUGCUGCGGAGAUCAAAGAUUCUCGUUCUCGAUGAAGCAACAGCAGCUGUCGAUGUUAGAACCGAUGCCCUAAUCCAAAAAACAAUUAGAGAAGAAUUCAAGUCAUGCACGAUGCUCAUUAUAGCCCAUCGUCUAAAUACUGUCAUAGACUGUGACAGGCUGCUUCUUCUCAGUGCUGGCCGGGUUUUGGAAUUUGAUACUCCUGAGAAUCUUCUAUUGAAUGAGGAGAGUGCUUUCUCAAAGAUGGUUCAGAGCACUGGAGCUAGUAAUGCUCAAUAUCUAAGGAGUCUAGUUUUUGGGAGUGAAGAGGAGAGAUCAAUCAGAGAAGAAGCAAAGAGGCGAGAUGGCCAAAGGAGAUGGUUGGCUUCUUCACGCUGGGCAGCUGCCGCCCAAUUUGCUCUGGCAGUGAGCUUAACAUCUUCGCAAAAUGACCUCCAACAAUUGGAAAGUAUUAGUGAGGACAGCAUCCUUCGGAAAACAAAGGACGCCGUUAUCACUUUACAGAGUGUUUUGGAAGGCAAGCAUGACCAGGAAAUCAAAGAGACAUUGGAUCAGUACCAGGUUCCAACCGAUAGAUGGUGGUCGUCUCUUUAUAAAGUAAUUGAAGGUCUUGCAAUGAUGAGUAGAUUGUCCCGUAACCGGCUCCAACAACAACCGGGUUAUUCUUUCGAAGAUCGAUCACUUGAUUGGGACCAGAUGGAGAUGUAAAAGUUGUUCUUAGGCGCCAUUUCCGAACCGAAUUUUGAAGCGGAAAACAGCAAGAAAUUUCAGAACCAUGCCAUUUAUCAGUUUUGAACUGACUAUUUUCCUACGGCUUGUCUAACAUACAUAAAUUCAUAAUCAGAUCUAUAAAUUCUGUUGUAUUGGGGUUGCUCUGUAUUCUCUUAAUCAUAGCAGUUGAGAACAUAUAGUAGAGGGCUACGAUGAUUGCUAAUAACAAAUUUUGCUACAUUUUGAUUGUAAUCUUUUUGUUGCAAUACUUGUCCAUGUGAUGUGCUCACAUAUUUCAGAAUUUCAGGUUUUA